AUGAAGCGAAGAGCGCAUCUUCCCCACACUAAGCAGCGGCAAUUUGAAUUACAGUCACAGAGUCGGAAAGCCCCCGCUUGCCUGCGGGGUGGCGAGGACAAGAAAGGUCAAGGGAGGUCCACGGGGACGAUGGCGAAGAAACGGGCCAGCUCACCGCGCCCACGCUUCCCGGCACCCACGGGGCGGGCUUUCCCCGCGGGGCAGCGCCGGGAGCCGGGCACCGUCCCAGGGCCGGGAUGGAGGGGCGGGGCGGGGCGGGGCGGGGCGGGGCGCCCGCAUGCCAAUCAGCCCUCGCAGCCAAUGGGCGGGCGCGCCGGCCGCAGGGGCGGGGCCCUCCGCAGGGCGAGCGCUCGCCUCGACGGCGCGGGCGCUGCGGCGGCACCGGCACCUCGGGAAAGGCAUCGGCACCUCGGGAACCGCGCCGGCACCUCGGGAACCGCACCGGCAUCUCGGGAAAGGUAUCGGCACCUCGGGAAAGGCAUCGGCACCUCGGGAACCGCGCCGGCACCUCGGGAACCGCACCGGCAUCUCGGGAACCGCACCGGCAUCUCGGGAAAGGCAUCGGCACCUCGGGAACCGCACCGGCAUCUCGGGAAAGGCAUCGGCACCUCGGGAAAGGCAUCGGCACCUCGGGAACCGCACCGGCAUCUCGGGAAAGGCAUCGGCACCUCGGGAACCGCACCGGCAUCUCGGGAACAGCGCCGGCACCUCGGGAACCGCGCCGGCGCCUCGGGAAAGGCAUCGGCACCUCGGGAACGGCGCCGGCACCUCGGGAAAGGCAUCGGCACCUCGGGAAAGGCAUCGGCACCUCGGGAACGGCGCCGGCACCUCGGGAAAGGCUUCGGCACCUCGGGAACCGCGCCGGCACCUCCGGAACCGCGCCGGCACCUCGGGAAAGGCAUCGGCAUCUCGGGAACCGCACCGGCACCUCGGGAAAGGCAUCGGCACCUCGGGAACCGCGCCGGCACCUCCGGAACCGCGCCGGCACCUCGGGAAAGGCAUCGGCAUCUCGGGAACCGCACCGGCACCUCGGGAAAGGCAUCGGCACCUCGGGAACCGCGCCGGCACCUCCGGAACCGCACCGGCACCUCGGGAAAGGCAUCGGCACCUCGGGAACCGCGCCGGCACCUCGGGAACCGCACCGGCACCUCGGGAACGGCACCGGCACCUCGGGAACCGCACCGGCACCUCGGGAACGGCACCGGCACCUCGGGAACCGCGCCGGCACCUCGGGAACAGCGCCGGCACCUCGGGAAAGGCAUCGGCACCUCGGGAACCGCGCCGGCACCUCGGGAACCGCGCCGGCACCUCGGGAAAGGCAUCGGCACCUCGGGAAAGGCAUCGGCACCUGGGGAACGGCAUCGGUACCUCGGGAAAGGCAUCGGCAUCUCGGGGAGAGGCACCGGCAUCUCGGGAAAGGCAUCAGCACCUCGGGAAAGGCUUCCGCAUCUCGGGAGCGGCGCGGGCGGAGCGACACGGGCCCGGCUGACCGGAGUCCACUGGAUCUGUUGGAUCACGGAGAUCGUGUGUGAUGCUGUCCAUGUCACUGGAGAGGAGCUCUUCACAAGUGGCCUUGAUCCAUGUGUUCAUUCUCUGAUGUCCAGCUUGCUCCUUCGUGAUCUUACUCAGCAAAGUACUCGAGGCUUGCAGCAGUGACUGAAGGCAGAAGGGGCUGACUUCUGAAUAUUCCAGGCAGGAUGAAAGACCGUUUAAGCGAGCUGCGUGAAUUCGCCAGGUUACACAACCAACAGUUUUCUGAUAGUGAUGAUGAUGAAAAUUCACCCCAGGAUAUUCUCCUUUAUGAGACGGACUAUGCCUUGGAAAUUCUUCAUAAGGACAUCCAGACCAUACGGACAGAAAAUGACCACCUAAAAGCAGAUGUCAACCGUCUCAGAAAGCAAAACACCCGCUUCCUUACCUCCAUGCGCCGGCUUAGUAGCAUCAAACGAGAUACUAAUUGUAUUGCCAGAGACAUUAAGAGCCGUGGAGAAAGCAUCCACAGGAAACUGCAGAUAAUGAGAGAUUUCUGUGAAGAUGCCAUAACAAAAUAUGGAGCCAUGUCUGUCAUUGCCAGGGUGGCGAAGAACCAUUACGUUGACCUCAUGCACACAUUUCAGGACGCUAUGUUUGAUUACAAUGCAACAGAGAUGAACCAGCGGGAGAACUGCAAGAUUCGAAUUCAGCGGCAGCUGGAGAUCAUGGGCAAAGAUGUUUCUGGACACCAGAUUGAGGAGAUGAUAGAGCAAGGCAAGUGGGAUGUCUUCUCCGAGAAUCUCUUGUCGGAUGUUAAGGGAGCUCGCGCAGCCUUGAAUGAGAUAGAGACGCGACACAAGGAGCUGGUGAAGUUGGAAGGUCGCAUUAAGGAAGUUCAUGAGCUCUUUCUGCAGGUGGCCCUGCUGGUGGAGGAACAGGCAGACACCUUUGAUGUUAUUGAGAUAAAUAUGCAAAAUGUUGAGGACUAUGUAGGAGAUGCUAAAGACCAAGUGAAAAAAGCUUUGGAAUACAGGAGAAAACAUCCUCUCAGAACAAUCCUCUGCUGCUGCUUAUCAUGUUGCAGAAGGUGAUGGUCCCACUGGAGCUAUCACAGACUGACUUGAAUGCCUUCAAAAUCAUGUGUUCUUUCCUGAGAUUUUCUCUAAUGUCAAGCCCUAGAAACGGGGGAUAUUUUGCAGUUGGUUUUGUUCAUUGCCUUUUUAUUAAAUGUGCUGAAGGCUUUUUCUAUUUAUGAACUCCUAGAAAUGUCGAUAAAACUAUUUUUAAUCUAAUUUUUAUUGAAAGGUGCUGUUACUGUAACUAGAGGUGCAAUAUCUCUACAGUGAUACUUGUUUCAUAUAGGCAAGAAAGAAGAAUGAGUAACUUGUCCUAGGGAAGAUGAAUACUUUCAAAAGGCAACUUUAUUCUUAUUUGUCAAAGUGAGGCUGCAGGCGGUGAGGCCUUAUUGCCUGGGAUGACACAGUACACCACAGAAUCAGGAGGUUUCAGUUUUAACUAGUUUGGAGCCUGUCUGAUGAAAAUUUAACAAAAUACUGAGCCUGGAGCAGGACACAGAACUAGUUUCUCUUUCAAAUUGAUUUCCAGCUGUCUGGAAUCUUAACAGAAGUGGCUGCACCUUAAAUGAUAAAAUGCAUGUGUUGGUCUAUUUGUGUGCAAGUGACUGCUUUUUUCCAUUUUGAGUGCCCAACUCUCUCAAGGUGGCUAAAAGCACUGCUAACACUGAGGCAUCUCACUCACUUCUAACUUGAGCCACUCUGGAAUUUCAGUUUCCAUGCCAUGCUUUCACGUUCUGAUGCAUUUUUCUGCCAACUAACACUUCAGCCAGAGGAGAAACAUGUAGUGGCCUUCUGCAGAACACCCACAAGAAGACAACAGCUGUGGGGCUGAGAAAGCAUUUUAGGAUCUCCUGUACUGGCACAUACAUAGAAGCAGUUUUAGUGGAAUGUUUGGUCGGUCAGCACACUUUUAUUUUUUAUAAGCAUUGACCAAAUAUGGGGUUUUUUUUAAUAUCUAUUUUAAAUAAGAUGAAGGAAUAUAUUUUUUUAAUAUGCAGUUUUACUGGUGUACAGAAAUUUUUACUUUUCUCCAAUUGUUGGGAAAUCUCCACCUGGAAAAGCAAAUAGAUCUAUUUCUUCAGUAUACCUGAAGAAGAAAGAAAACAGUUUCAUGUCAUUUCAGUGGUUUUUUCAAGCUCAAAAGGAAAGUCUCCUUUUGUGUAAUGGGAGUCUGCUCUUCCACAAGGGCAAACCAGUAGGUUUGGAGUAUUGCAAGCAAAUAAAAAAUGUGCAGCCCUGGUAAGCACUGAGCACUGUCACUGAAACAUAUUCACAAAAUCUGGUGAUUGAUCAUAGCUCCUGCUUCUGGAGGUUUUCCAACUGUAUUUCUAGGUGGCUUCCUGAUACACUGUGAUCUAUUGCUAUCCUUUGAAAUAAUGCAGGACAUUUUUUCAGAAAUUAUUUUUUUUUAACUGAUGGUCUUAUUUGUACUGAUUUUAAUAAAUAUAUUUCAGCAUUUCAAAUAUUUUGUAUUUGGGAGUUUUCCUCAGAUGUACAUAGAUGUACAUCUUCCUGCGCCAGUCGCAGUGAAACUUCUCCCUUCUUACCUUUUGCACUCUGAUUUUAUAUGUGAAAAAAAAAAUACCCCAAACAUUUCCUACUAUUUGUAUUAAUAUAAAAAAACAGCAAAAUAAAUCCAACUACCAAGUUUUCAUAUCUUACUGGGAAACAAUUUUAGCCAGACAGGCUUUUUUACAGAAAUAGAAACUAAAGGGAUAAGUCUUCUCAGAAACUGAGUGUCCCUUUUGCUGUAGCACCUGUCUCUGAUAACAUGGAAGAGUGAGGAACACCAGUCUCCUGACUAUAAGAUAUUUUGAUAUUCAGUGGUAUACUGGUGAUAUCAGUGUUAUUCUUGUCUGAGGACCUCUCUUCAGACAAGGUGUUCAGACUUGAAGUGGGAGGAAGGAGGGUGAUGAGCUGAGACCACAGCCAGUGGCUUUGGUGCUACUCAAGAAGACAAAGUUGUUUACUCUGUAGGUACUGCCAUUAAGUCAGUGGAACUGUGCAUUUAUAGAGAAAUACCCUAAACUUCUAAGAGUCAGGAUGUGGGGAUGAGCCAAUACAGAAUGAAAUCAUGUAAUUCCUUUCACAUGCAUAUUCCUAACACUUGCCAAUGUUUUUGAUAAAAAAUAUGUACAUGGUUUUUUGUGCUGGUUUCUUUUUUGCAUGUACAAAUGGAAUAAAAUAUUUAAUAAGAAAAACUGAAA